GGCUGCGCGUCCUGACGCCAAUCGUUACGAGUAUGCUGGGUUUGGGCUGGAGCGUGGUGUCGAAGAUACGGAGGAAAGUAGCACUUCUCGCGCUGGAUUGGAAAGAAGCGUUUGACCCUGAUAACGUGGACGCUCUGCUCGCAGCGCUGAAAAAGUUUGGGGUGCCCAACAAUGCGCUUAGCAUGAUCCGGGAUACAUGCAGAGACCGGAUUUUUUCCGUCUCACAUUGCCCGCGGAGAUCGCGAAAGCGGAAUCAAGUAUCCAGCAUGUCACAAGUUUUCCAUUAUUUCCAUUUCUCUUCGUCAUGGUCAUGAGCGUGAUCAUCGAGAGUACAAAGAAUAAGUUGGACGAGUACACGCUGAGUUUUUUGGCUUCCAGUGUCCUUGCGAUCCUAUUGUGCGCGGACGACGCGCUCCUAGCGGGGCGCCACGAAAGACUUACGCAAAAGGCUUUGGAUGCGAUAGCAGCAGCAGGCAAAGAAAUUGGCAUGGAACUACACUGAAACACAUUCCAAGGUGCUACGUUGUACUGCGAGGCACCGGUGGCAAUGUCAUCUACCCCGCUGGACACACUCAGUAUGUGGGAGCACAUAUUGAAUUUGUCGAUUGGGGCAGCGUGGGGCGAUUCCAGAGGUAUACAAGGGCAUGGAAAAACGCGUCGAUCCGCAUUUCAAGAGUUGGAACUGAUUGAGGCACGCAGCGCGACCAAAGUCGCGUAUUCGCUGAAUUCUGCGUGUCUGAGCAAAUCAGAAAGGCGGCGUUUUGAUGGAUUCCAAGCGAGGUGUCUUACGAGCAUUUUGAACAUCCAGCGUUCUUGAAUUUCAAAGGUAUCAAGUAUCAAGCAAACUGCAUUAGAGAAAGGCAGGCGCGAAACCUUACAGCGACCAGCUGCUAAGACAUCAACUUCUAUGGUUUGGACACAUCGGCCGCUGCAGGGCUGGCGACGUGCUUCGGGAACUGACGCUUCAACCGGGGAGCGCGAAACCCGUGACGGAUUCUAACAGGCGAGCGCCCGGGCGUCCCAGGCAUGAGCGGGCGAAGUGUUUUUACAAUUUCAUUCGCAGUAGUUUUGGCUCCGACUCUGCCCUGGUGGAUUGCACGGCAGAGGAACGAACGCGGCGUCAGUUUGCAACAGAGUUUGCGCUUGACUGCCGCGCUGCGCACUGACCUUCUUGCCCUGGCAUUGCGCGGUUUCAAUUGCCCACGCGCCGAAUGGCGUGUGGCUUCUCGUUCGCUCGUAGGGAGUUCCACAGAAGUCCCCGGUGGCCGCGGCCGCGUGCGUCCGCGCCACCCAGCGCAGCGUUUGGUGGCCCCAUAGAGAGCUCC